AUGGUGGCGGUUGAUGAAAAGAAGAAGGGUCAAAUGGUUCCACAAUAUGAUGAUCAAGGUGUAACUUUGGCAUUUCAUGGAAGAGAGGUCUAUGAUGGUGUUCCUCUUGCACAUUUGCCUAAAAAGUCUCCUUUAAAUGUUGAUAAACAUAAUAAGGUGGUGGAAAAUAAACACAGACAAGCAACACCUGAUGAGGGACAAUCACAUAAGUUUGCAAGCUCAUCUAAAGAGACAACAGAUGCAACAUUUUCUCGUGGCGAGGCUGUGAUUCAAGCAGAAGGACUCCGAUCAAAUUUGCAACAAGAAUUCCCAAGUUUUGUCAAGUCCUUGGUCAGAUCACAUGUAGCUAGUUGUUUUUGGAUGGGACUACCUGUGGCGUUCUGUAAAAGACAUUUACCAGAUAAGGAUAUAACUAUCACUUUGGAAGAUGAAUCUGGUAGAGAAUACAAGACAAAAUACAUUGCAUGUAAAACAGGUUUGAGUGCUGGUUGGAGACAGUUUUCCGCUGUGCAUAAAUUGCUAGAGGGUGAUGUGGUGGUAUUUCAAUUAGUUGAACCCACCAAAUUUAAGGUUUAUAUAAUAAGAGCUACGAGGGAACUAGAGAAUCAAGAAAGUUGCUCAAAACAAAAAGUUGGAGGCAAAAAUAACAUAGAUACUGAUGUUAUAGCAUGUAAUAGUCCAAAAAGAAAAAAUGGUAAACCUAUCCCACAAGACACGCAAAAGAAAAAGAAAAUUAUUGUAUCAAAAACGGAGACUAAGGCUAAACAUUAUACAGAACAAUACGAAAAUGAUAGUGAGGAAGCUUUGUCUGAAAUAUUGGAGGCAUAUAAAAUGCCUGAAUUCAAAGAUUUAAAGGGUUUCGAAAAUUUCAGAAUCAUAGUCAACGGAAUGCUAAUUGACAAUGAACUCUCUACAGAAGUUCGAAACAAGUACUACAAACUCUGUUACAGUCAACAAGCUUUUCUUCAUGACAAUCUCAUCAAAGGCUUGAACUAUAAUUUAGUUUCUGGAGUUAUAUCUGAAGUUGUUAACAUUGCUGAUGCAAUAAAAGUCAGUGUGAUAUCUACGCCGCGUUUUGAGUUUUAUAAUUGGGAUAAAACGUUGCUAGCAUUUGAGAAUUUGGGCAUGAAUGUUGAGUUUUUGAGACAUCGAUUGCGCAGGCUUGUGAGCCUUGCUUAUGAAACGGACAACGGCUUAGAGACUAGAAGAUACUUGGCGUAUAGAACCGAGGAACACGGUCGUGUAGACGAUGAAAUAAAGAACAUGGAAACAAAGCUUGAGGAAUUGAAAGAAGCUUGUAAUGGAUUUGGUGGUUAUCUUGAGAGUUUGAAGCACAAAGCUGAAAGGUAUGAACAUAAGUUUCAAAAAGAAGUUGCUGCCAAUUGGUGA